AGCCAGUCCAUGGUCGUUGAAGAAAGUGAAGGCCAGACCAGGAAGCGGAACACGACCCAACACAAUGGGAUCCACUCGAUAGCCAGUCCGUCUCACUACUCUUCUCUCUUCUCCCAUCAUCAUCUUCGAUCGUUCAUCCCUCCAUCCAUUCCAUCCGGCAUCCCCUCCCUCCUCCCCUCCCCUCUUCAUUCACCGUCCAUAUGAGCCAACAUCCCUAUAUUCGGCAGCAAAAGCUCAAAGUCAUUAUCGCCGGCGCCGGAAUCAGCGGUCUUAUGACCGCCAUCCAACUCGAGCGCGCCGGCAUGGACUAUGUUGUCUUUGAAAAGGCCAAGGAGUGUCUCCCCCUCGGGUCUGCCCUGUCCUUGACCCCAGCCUGCAACUACAUUUUUGAUCAGCUAGGAAUGCUCGAGGAUAUUGAAAAGAUCUCAUUGCCAUGCCAGAGAAUUGAUUACUUCCGUGACGAUCUCACCCAUGUGGGAACCAUGGAUGCAGGCGACCAGAAGCAGCGGUAUGGCUACAGUGGAACCCUGGUCACCCGCCCAUCCUUCUACGACGUCCUACUCUCCUAUGUCCCGAGUGACAAGAUUAAAUGGGGCAAGCGCAUCCUGAGCUUUGAGCAGAACCAGUACGGCGUCAUGGUGCGGAUCGCCGAUGGCACAACACAUCAUGGAGAUAUCCUCAUUGGUGCUGAUGGCGCAUACAGUGCAGUACGCCAGAUGCUCUACAAGAACAUGAUCAAGAAAGGUCUGAGCGUUCCAAAGCCCGACAUGGCGCCUUUGCACUUCGACUCCAACUGUGUGAUUGGUGUCACUAAUGUGCUUCCUGUGGAAGAGUACCCUAUUCUGAAGGAACGGGUGGGCGACUUCAAUGUGCUAAUCGGUAAGGAGCGCUCUAUCCAGGUGUAUCUCUUCCCGUUUGCAGAGAACAGGAUAGGCUGGCAGAUUUGCGGCAAGAUGGAGAACCCAGAGGAUCACGACGAGCAAAACUUCCGCUUCAGCGACUGGGGUCCUGUGGCAGCAGAUGAGCUGUGUGACCAGGUCCGCCAUUACAAGUGCCCGUUCGGAGGCACACUAGGUGAUUUGAUGGAGAGGACCUCGAAGGAGCGCCUGUCAAAGGUCAUGCUCGAGGAAAAAUACUUCCAUACAUGGUGGCAUAUGCGGACCGUACUAAUGGGGGAUGCAUGUCAUAAGCAUCUCCCCUUUGGAGGACAAGGCGCAAAUCAGGCUAUCCUCGACUCGGUGCAUCUUGUCAACCAACUCUACGCCAUCCCUUCAGCAUCGCUCGAGGAUGUUGCCAAAUCAUUCAAGGCUUAUCACCAUUACCGCAGCGGCAAUGCCAAGGACGUAUUUAAGAGCACAGGCAUGGUUGCCACCGUGUUGAGUAGCCGCGGAUUCGGAUCCGACCUCGUGCGAACUCUUGCUUUGUCAAAGACGCCCAAGUGGUUGAAUGAUCUAGGCAUGGACGGAAUGAAUUCUGAUAGGCCCAUUCUGUGCUUCUUGCCACCGCCAAAAGUUCAGGCAUCCGUCAAGGGGAAGCCUCAGGCGGUGCCUGUUCAUUAUAGCGCUGCGCUUAAAGCCAAGGGAUUGAAGACGGGCAGCUCAAUUCUCUCGGCGACCUCUGUAUGAUGACUGAGGAAGGGAUUGAGAUUGAACAAGGGGGUGCCUAUGUUCUUGAACGUCAAAUUCGCUGCGUGGUACUAAAAAUAAAAUAACUUAAUGUGUUUGCCA